AUGGCCGACCACGCGGGCCACUGCAGCAGCAGCAGCCAGGACAGGCGGAGCCAUUUCCUGGUGGCCGCGUACGGGUACCAAGGCCACCUGAACCCAGCCCUCGCCCUGGCGCGCCGCCUCGCGCGCCCCCACGGCGGCGGCGCGCGCGUCACGCUCUCCGUGGCGGCCUCCGCGCACGCCCGCAUGUUCCCGUCGUCGCCGCCGGGCCAGCUGGUCGUCGCGCCACCCGACGCGGAGGUCUCCGACGGCAUCAUCUCCUACGUGCCCUACUCCGACGGGUUCGACUUCGGGGCGCGGCCGAGGACCGCCGCCGACCGCGCGCGCAGGCGCCGCGUGAGCGCGGCCAGCCUCUCGGCCAUCGUCCGCCGCCUCGCCGCGGCCGGGCGCCCCGUCACGUGCGUCGUGUCGGCGCUCCUGCUUCCCGCCGCGGACGUGGCCGUGGAGCACGGGAUCCCGCUCGCCGUCUUCUGGAACCAGUCCGCCGCCACGCUCGCCGCCUACUACCACUACUUCCACGGCCACGAGCACCUCGUGGCCGCGGCCGCCGCCGCGUACGUCGGCGGCGCGGAUGACCCGGCGAGCGUGACCCUCCCGGGGCUGCCACCGCUCCGGGUCCGCGACCUCCCGUCCUUCCUCGUGGACGCCACCGGCGGCGAGCAUGCCAGGGCUAGCAUCGACUCGAUGCGGGCGCUGCUCGAGAUCGUCGGCCGGGAGAAGCCGAUGGUUCUCGUGAACACGAUCGAUAUGCUGGAGCCGGAGGCCGUCGCGCUGCGGGCGAUGCGGCAGCAGCACCUGGAGGUCUUCGCCGUAGGCCCGAUGCUCCCUCGCCUGCAACUGCUGCAGCAGACGGACGCAGCUGGCGAUGACGAGGGUCGCCGGAUCGAUCUGUACGAGCAGGACGACGAGAAGGGCUACACGGAGUGGCUCGACGCGCGGCCACGCAGGUCGGUGGUGUACGUUUCGUACGGGAGCAUGCUGGGGUACAGCAGGCAGCAGGUCCAGGAGAUGCUGCGGGGCUUGCGCGAGUGCCGGCGGCCGUACUUGUGGGUGGUGCCGAGGGACGGCCGUGACGGCGACGUGGAGCGCUGCUUGAUGGAGAUGGACGACGACGACGGCGACGGCGAGCGAGGGAUGGUCAUGGAGUGGUGUGACCAGCUGAAGGUGCUUGCGCACCCGUCCACGGGGUGUUUCGUGACGCACUGCGGGUGGAACUCCAUGCUGGAAGCUCUGGUCUUUGGUGUGCCUAUGGUUGCCGUCCCGAAUUGGUCCGAUCAGCCGGUGAAUGCGCAUUUGGUGGAGGAGCUGGGGGUCGGCGUUCGCGCAGAGCGUGAUGCUGCAGGGUUGCUUGUCGGAACGGAGUUGGCAAAGUUCAUUGCGGUAGUGACCGGUGAUGGUGAUGAAGGAAUGAACAUACGGAACAGAGCUAGUUUUUGGAACCAGAUCCUCUAA